AUGACGAGAUAUACAAAUACGUCUAAAGAGAGGAUCACAAUAAUGAUAACCCUUGUGUUUAGUGCCAUAAUUGAGGAAACGACACAUGCGAGCCCAAGGUUCAAGUUUGCUAUGUUUAUGAGGCUGAAGAAAAAUGAAAUAGGCAUAACCAAAAGCUCAAAGAGAACUGUAAUAUGGAGAAGUAUGAUAAAGACGCUCAAAGAGAUUAAUGUUACCAAGGACAGAAGAAGGAAGUCUACUAAUAACAUGAACAGCAGUAAAAAUAACUUCACGUCAAGUGAUAGAAUUCAUGCAACCAUUUGCAAGCCUGGGUUGGAGUUGUUCAAAAAUAGGAUAAAGGAGCAUUGUGUUUAUAGUAUGCAAAAUUUUAUUGUCAAGCUUAACAAUGGAAAGGUUAGGACAACUCCUCACAAGUACAAGCUUAACUUUUAUACAAAGACUGUGGUGGCAAUCCUACCUAUUGAGACUUUUGCUUUUAACACAUUCAAGUUCCGUCUGUUUCAUGAACUUGUUGAAAAUGGUUCAACCGACGGAAAUCUAUUAUUUGAUUACAUAGGAGAGAUUGUUGGAAAGGAGGAGGUCAGGGGGCUGAUUACACGCACUGGUGAUGAAACGAAGCUUAUUACACUUCAGUUGGAAGAUCUAGAAAAGCACAAAAUUAAAUGUACAUUGUUUGGAGAAUUGGUCGAUGAAGUUCCUCCACAUCUCGAGCGAGAUGAUGGGGAGCCUUUCAUAAUUGUGGUUCAGCUCUUUAAGUCCAACAUGUACUUGAAUUCUGUCAAUAUUCAAAGCACCUACUAUGUGUUCACAUGUUACUUCAAUCCAAACCUUCCUGAGGUUAUUGACUACAAGAAAAGAUUGGCAACGGAUUUUGUUUCCUGUUCACAACGAAUUAGUCACCUGGAAGCUCAAUCUCAAUACUCAGUCACAGAUGAGAUCAAUGCCGGCAUUGUACCAGUGCGCACUAUAGAAGAGGUUCUUAAUAUGACUGAGAGGUUGGUAAAGAUGAUUGGUCCUAUAUAUCGUGUAAGACAUGUCCUAAGAAGGUAUAGGCUCCAAGUAAUUGUGACUGAUGGAAGUGGUUGUCUGAACCUCCUUGUGUGGAACAAAGAAGCAGAGCAAAUGAUAGAAAAGGCUGCUGAAAAAGUUAAAGAAUUAUCUAAAUGCAAGAAAGGAAAGUCAUACCCUAAAUACCUGGAGAAUAUGAUUGACAAAAGGUUCUUAUUCAAGCUUAACAUCAUAUACAAGACUAUCAAUGCCGUGAAAAGGGUGUAUAGUGUCACAAAACUUUUGGACGACGAGUCCCUCAUGUCCAGUUAUGGUGUGCCCAACUCUUCUUCUGAUGCUUCUUGUUUGCAGAUGCUAGCUAAUAUCCCUAUAGCUGAAACAAACGAAGAUAGCAAUGGUCAUGCUGCAGUUUUCCUAUCCAAGGAUUCUGUUGUUGAGAGCAACUGCGAUAGCUCCUGUCAAACUCUAGCCAAGAGAACUGCUACUGAUGCAGUUGAUGACUCCCCGGCAGAAGCAGCCUUGUCUCCAGAUGUUCAGGAAUCAGCUAACAAAACAUUUAAGAGGAAUUAUGGAAGAAAAAAGAUUGAUUGA